AUGCGUCUCAAAUCCCUCUUCGAGGGCAUUUUUGAGAAAUACGGGAGGGACUUUAGCGAUGUGGGGGAUGAAAUCGAUCUGAAAACGGGUGAGAUCGUGGUCAACAAAGGGCACAUCUUGGGAAUGCAGGAUGAGGGCGAUAUUGGAAAAGGUACAGAACAGCUGGUGCAAGACCGGGACACGUCGUUUGCCCAGUCCAGAGAUUCGUCUCUCGGGUCGGCUACUGGUGGGAAGGUUGAUCCUUUACAAGACGUUGGCAAAGGGAGAUACGUCGAAGCCACUACAGGGAAAGCAGUGCUCCAUUCUCUCAUGGCCAGAGAAGCAGAAAACGAUUUCGGUGUCGACGGACCGUCUGAUGCAGAUGACGACAGGAGCAGCGUUGACUCUUUGCUUGGUGAUGCAGUGACAGUCGCGGACAAUAACAGCCAGGCCCUACAAGAUCAAUCGACAGGUAUCUUGAAAUCGCCAUUCCCCCGUUAUCCAGAAGGGACAUCGACGAAAGAUAGUGACCCCAAAGGUCAAGCAGUGGACCCUUUGUGGCAGGUCCCCGACAUCGAUGUCAAAUUCUCUACUCCAACUACGAACAAGAAACCACUGCAACCCGACUUGGACAUUCCGCAAGCACGCUCCGCAUCUCCUCCGACCGCAGGGUCUAUCUGGGCUCCGCCCUCCUCCGGCCGUAGGCGAAAUACGGACGUACAAAAGAAGCGAAAGUCUCCGAAGCGAAAGUCUCCGGGAGUUCGUUCUAAGCGCAAGCGCAAGCUGCCCGUCGUGCGGGACUGGAGUUUUGCGCAGCUGCGGGAUGACAGCGAUUCGGAUGACCCUUUGCAAGAAGACUUCCCGUCGCCGGCUUCCAGGUCAGCUUCGAGUUUUUGCAGCCCACGCCCUAUGUCAGUUACACCAACACCGACUAAAGGGAAAGCAGAUAGGAUGCACAGUCUGGAAGGAAGAAAACAGAAAACAGACGUUGACGGCUUGGAUGGCGUACGCCAAUCAGGGAGACAAAGCUCUCCUGGCGCCCAAGACACACCGGAAUCGAAGGAAUCGAGCUCGUCGGUACAGGAUUCUGCAUCUAUAGUGGAGAUGGGAAAGUCACAUCAGAAUGGCAUCGAUGCAGAUGCAAACGCCAUUAGCCUGUUGACGCCCGAUGAGGUUAGAUUGGUUGUGCAAAUAAGAAAAGUACAAAAGUCCAGUUGGCAAGAUGUCAUUGAUUGUCUGCCGGGCCGAAAACUGGCCAAUCUCUACAAUUGGGAUCGUCUUCUUUGGGUGAGACUUCGCAGUCACCGUCACUUCGCAGAUCAGGUAUGGUCCACAAAAGAAUUGGACAAGCUUGAGAGGUUCAAAGAUCAGUCGGGGCUCUCGUGGAAGGACAUUCAGGCGGAACUCCCCAGCCGAUCCCAAGAGGAGAUUGAGUAUCAGUUGUUGCGUCGUUGGGCCGGGAAUAAUGAGAUCUGGGGAACUGAACUAAGGAAGUCUUCCCAGCAUCCGGAUGAUCCGAGACCAGGCUCCGAGGAUGGAGGUCUUGUUUCACAGACCAAUUUUUCGACACCCCAGAGGCCCAAUGACGAUACCGCUAAAUUUAAACAGCCAGAAGAUCUUCUGGCAGAGGACUCGGACGAUCUCCGCACGAAAUCAGGUAUUUCAUCGAUACAGAUAGAAGGAAAACCGGGCGGAAGCACUGCUGGAUCUCGCAGGAAGUCACCGGCGAAGGGCUCAGUGUCUCCCCUUGCGAAAUAUUCCGCCAAGAGACUGUGA